GUCACUUGUAAAAAGAGGAAGACAGUAGGUCCGAGAAAUGGCGACUCCGUGAUCAGUCUCGUUGGGGGGUGAUUGGGGGUUGGACUCGCACAGUUCUAUGUCUUUCUGGACUUUUGAUAUAUUGACUGUAUAGUCUUUAUUUUUUUAAAGUGUGGUGUAUUAUUAUUCGGCACAGAAAUGUCGGCAAAUAUGUAUCGAGUUGGAGAUUAUGUAUUUUUUGAGACUUCAUCAACUGCGCCCUACCAGAUAAGGCGCAUUGAAGAACUGAACAAAACUCAAAAUGGGAAUGUUGAAGCCAAAGUCAUGUGCUUUUAUAGGAGGAGGGAUAUUUCCAAUUCAUUAAUUCUUCUAGCUGACAAACAUCACAACACACUUGAAGAGGAGACAGAAGAAGAGAGAGACGUUAUAGAGGAUGACACUGAGGAAAGAAAAGAAAUAGACGAAGGCUCACCACCCAGAGAAGAUGGUGACAACAAAGAGAUUACGGGUAAAGUUGUGGUGGCAGCAGUAGAAGAGAACGGCACAGACUCUAAUACAAAUGGAAAUAACAAUAACAACAACCAUGGUGGCAGAGGAAUGGAAGAGAUUCCGGAAAAAAUGCGACACCAACUGAAACAUCGAGAACUAUUUUUAUCUCGGCAGGUGGAAACACUGCCUGCCACACACAUACGUGGAAAAUGUUGUGUUACACUGCUCAAUGAAACUGAAUCACUUUUAUCAUAUCUCAAUAAAGAGGACACAUUUUUUUAUUCAUUAGUCUAUGAUCCUCAACAAAAAACAUUGUUGGCUGAUAAAGGAGAGAUACGUGUUGGUUUAAAAUAUCAAGCCGAGACAAUACCUAAAGUAUAUACAGGAAUAGAUGGUGAUGAAGAUCUGCGCAAAUCUGAAGAUCUAGAAGAGCUUGUGUGGGAUCCAAGUCAUGGUCUGUCUGAAAAAGAAAUAGAUCAGUUCCAGAUCAUUGCCAGAUCUGUUGGUACUUUUGCAAGGGCCUUAGACUGUACUAGUACAGUUCGGCAACCUAGCCUUCAUAUGAGUGCAGCUGCUGCAUCUAGAGAUAUUACUAUUUUCCAUGCAAUGGAUACUCUUCACCGACACAACUAUGAUAUUGCUAAAGCCAUCAAGAGCUUAGUGCCCUCAGGUGGUCCUGUCCUGUGUCGAGAUGAAAUGGAGGAAUGGUCAGCAUCGGAGGCUAAUUUAUUUGAAGAUGCUAUAGAAAAGUAUGGCAAAGAUUUCAAUGACAUUAGGCAAGAUUUUUUACCUUGGAAAUCUUUAAAGAGUAUAGUGGAAUAUUAUUAUAUGUGGAAAACAACAGACAGAUAUGUGCAACAGAAACGAAUCAAGGCAUCAGAAGCAGAGAGCAAGCUGAAACAGGUGUACAUUCCCAACUACAAUAAGCCUAAUCCAGCUGCUAUUACAAGCAAAAUGAAUGGUACAGAUGGCCCAGUCUCAGGAAGAGCGUGUGAGAGCUGCUAUGUUGCUCAUUCAUCACAGUGGUACUCAUGGGGUCCUAUUCACAUGCAGUGUAGAUUGUGCAGCAACUGUUGGAGUUAUUGGAAAAAAUAUGGCGGACUCAAGAUGCCCACACGGCUAGAUGGAGAGAGGCCAGCACCAAAUGCACGACAAGAACGUGUGGCACAGAUGAACUCUUUUCGCAUGCAGAAAUGUACUAUUAGUGGUUGUGGUAAAGAAUUCAAAUUAAAAGCUCAUCUUGCAAGACAUUUGGCCACUGCCCAUGGUCUUGCAAUACAACCUGGGAGCCCACGACCUGUCAUGAAAACCCGUGCCGCUUUUUGCCUUGUAACCACUGAGCUGACCCGUAUUUCACGGCGGCUAUGCAGAGACAUUCUUCGCCCUAGACAUGCAGCACGUUGUCCAUUUACACCAAUUAACACAUCUAUAAUCAAACAAGAGUGCCAGCUUCGCUUAUCUGACCGUGGCAGUUCUUACCAGCCGGGUACAAAAUGUAGAACUCCUACAACCCUUGAUCCAGUGGUGGCACGGCUUGGUAUAGACACCAAACAAGAAAAACCUUCACUUUUAUCACGUGGACCAAAUUAUGGUGGUGGAGACAGGAGCUGCACACCAAAAGAACGACACACUGAAAAUGUCAAAGUUGGCUCUGGACAUCCUUCGAUCAUGAAAAAGAGAGGAUAUGAGCAAACAAAUGGUGUAGAUACAGCCCCAAUGGCAAAAAGACCAAACAUGGGUGUCAUUAGACAAGCAGGAUCUGCAAUCAAAACACCAGGUGUCACUCGAGGGAGUGUGCUUAACCAUAACAGCAUAAAUGGGCGUAGCCGGUUUGCUGGUCGAAAUAUGAAGAUGCAUAUGGUCAGCUGGAUGGACAUGCCAGAUGAUGUGUACUUCGUUGCUACUGCAGCGACCAGGAAACUUCGUAAACAACUCCAGAUGAAUGAUUUCAAGCGCUUGGCUCGUAAUCCCUGGAAAAAUCUCAAUGUAAAACCACCUCUACCUACAGGAUCUUUGGGCAAUGGACAUAGGUUGGGGCAACAGGAAGUUGUAGUCUUGGACUGAGAUUAAAGAGAUUUUAAAAUGUGAUUACACUUUUCAGUACAUGAAUGAAAUGUGAAAAUUUGGGCUGAAUAUCCUGGUAUACCUUGGGUAAUGAACUUGGUGCUUUGAGCAGCUGUACAGCCAUGAAGUCACCUGUCUUGUUUAGUCCCAUCAGGUGGAGGAGAAAAAGUGGAACUCAGUUCCACACUACUGUAUCAUAGACCAACUGUUGGCUUUCUUGAUCAUCUGUAAAUAGUAUUGCAUUGUUGUGGAGAAUUUUACAUGUUGAUACAUCAUUGUCGUCUCAAAGUUUCCAUGUGUAAAAAUGACAAGAACUUUUUGUAAGAAUUGUUUGAAUGCACAGAAUGUUAACCAAUAGCCUGUGUGCCAACUUUUUAUGAGUGAUAGGAGGAUACAAGGGAAAUUUGUUAAGAGUGGGAAAUACAUUGUCCUUUUUUUUUAAAAAAAAAAACUUUCAUCAAGAGAAAAAUUUAUAUGUAUACACUGAGCAUGACAAGGAAUGGUUUCCUUUAAUUGUUUUUAAAUUAAUUUGUCUAGUACAAAAUGUUAUGUGGAAGAAUUGUGUAGUUGCCAGUCUGAGCAUGGGGGUUUAUACAUUUCUUGUGUUCAUUUCCUCAAUCUCACAGCAGCACCGAAAAAAAAAUAAGUUUAAAAAAAAUAAAUAAAUGUUCUUUUGGUUAAAAUGUGCCUAAAACAAUUGAUCUUAAAAGACAACCCCCCUCCCCCUACUUAUAUAAAUAUAUGUAUACUAUAUACACACAACUUUUUUUUUAUCAUAUUGUCUAGGCUCCUCUUGUAUUCACAAUGAUCUGACUACUUUUAUUAUAAAUUACAUUUAAAUUAGGAAAUUUAUUUACUUCUGCUUUGACGUUUCAGCCUCCAUUUCUAAUCUGCACAAGGCUUGUCUAGUUGCCCUUACAUCAAUAGUUUCUAGAAAGUUUAUUGUAUUAAGCUUUGUUAGUGUCAUUUCUAAAAAAGAAAGGACUAUCUAGCAAUGUUGUAGCCUAGAGAAGAUUCAAAAUUUGAUCUUGUUUGGCAGAGAAAAAUACAAAAAUAUUUUUUUAGAUGAAUUUUCAAGAGAAUUUUCAUUAGAUAAUUUUUUAGAAUGAUGAGACAAAUUAGAAGUGUUGAAAAAUGUACAUAUUUUAAACCUUUUCUUAAAUAAUCAGAUUAGAAAUUGAAGAAAAAUUUCUUAAUCUCUUCUUUUUUUAAUAUUUUGAAAUAGCUGGAAAACAGUAUUUUAAAGUCUUCCAUUAGUGUUAAAAAAACACUUUGUUUUUCUGUGUAGUCACUAUUAUUCUUUCCUUUUCUAGGUUAAGGUCAACUGCAGAUGUUUAAAUACUUUUACUUUUAGGACCGUUUUUACAAUAUUGGCUUAUUUAGACCUGCUUUUGGAUGCAGUUUCUAAUUGGAGAAAUGAAAUAUUAAAUUAAAAAAAAAAAGAUUUAUCACUAUCUUAAACAAUUGUUUCAAGAAAGUCAAAAGGUCAGGUUUUUAAAUCAAUAAAGAGAAUAAUACACAACUCAAAUGGCCUAAUACGUUCUAAACUCAAUACUAUAGUUUCUACAUUUUAGAAAAAAAAAUUUCAUGAGUUUUCUAGGCAUUUUGUAUAUUGUGUUGAUCUUAUUUGUUUGUUCUGUUAAUGACACUUAUGCAAAUAUGUAAAAAGUAACACAUGAAAGCAUGAAUAUUAUAUAUACAUAUGUGUAUUGAAAUAACCCUCCUGAAAGCAAUUGUUUUACUUCUGUUGUUUGAGCACCAGCAUAGGAACUAUUUAAUCAGUGAAAAUUUUUGUGGGAAAUCCUUGCCAUCAGUGUCACCAAGACCAGUCACACUGCUCACAGGUUUUAUCUGUUCAUCUUUGCAGUAAAACAUAAAGAAAAGAUUAGAGAAUUGGUGUAACCUACAGGCGCAUGUCUGCAACUCAUUAAGUUGUCAAAAAAUUUUUUGUAUGCUUUUGUAUAUCUGUGGCUCUUACUUUUGAGUGCAUAUGAAAGGGUUACCAUGGUGUCUGUGGCAGCUUGAAAUAUUUAUAUCGUAAUAUUUUUCUUUGUAAUUAUUGCCUUUAUUCAAUUGAAUCAAUGCAUUGUACUGUUGCACUACUGUCAUGUCUAUAAAUAUUGUCUUCAAAACACUUGGUUGAUGUGUAUACAUGGUUUUUAUGCAUUACUUCCUUUUUUAUUUAAAGGAAGAAGGAAAAGGACAAAAAGAGGUUGAAGUGUUUGGUGAUACCAUUAUGUGCAUAUAGAUUUGUUUCAUUUUUCCAUACAUCAAGGAUGAAUUAUAAAAUUUAUGUCCUGAUUAGAGGUUUCAGUUUGUCAAAAAGGUACAUUUUUAAACAGGGAAAGGAUCUGUUUGCAUUCCUUGUAGCAGUUGGGUGAACAGUUUUAAAAACUGUAUAUUCACAAUGAUUGUUUUUUUUUUUCAUUUAUGAAUUGUCUGUUGUGAAUGAAUAAUGGUUGACCCAAGACAUCUUUUUUUUUUUAACUUUCAUUUUUUUUUCUCUUCAUUUAAAAAAAAAGUAUCCAAUACAAUUUACCCUGUCUUAAAGCAACAUUUCUAUACCAAAAUGUUUCCAUCUUAAUUUAUUUCAUCUCAUUCAUGUCAUGCUGAUUUUUUUUUUCAUUUGUGUAUUUCAAUAAAAAUAAUUUGAACUGUU